AUGCGCUACCGAGCAGCAGCAGAAGACGACGACGAUGGACCGCGCGUGGGCAGCUUCGCCGAGACGUACAGCCUCGGCGAGCAGCUCGGCGACGGCUCGUACGCGACGGUGCACAAGGCCGUCGCGUGGGCGACGGGCGAGACCGCAUGCAAGCUUCGCGACGUGCGCGCUGAGAUGGCGUUCGUGCGCAGCCUCGCGCACCCAAGUAUUGUGUCCGUGCGCGACCUUUUCGUCGAGUCGGACGGGUACUAUGUCGUCAUGGAGCUUGUCCGCGGCGGCGACCUCUACGACCGACUGCAUAAGAAGGGCGUGUUUCCGGAAGAGAAGGUGCGGGCGCUCAUCUACAAUCUCUUGGUGGCCGUGCACCACUGCCAUGAACGCAAGGUCAUCCACCGCGACCUCAAGCCCGAGAACAUCCUCCUCGUUAACGACGACAGCGACGUGGACCUGAAACUGGCCGACUUUGGCUUUGCCGCCAAAGUCUCGUCCAAGCCGCUCGUCGAUAUGUGCGGCACGGCCGGGUACGCAGCCCCCGAGAUUGCCAAGGGCUUGCCGUACUCGACGCCCGUCGACAUUUGGAGCAUCGGCGUCAUCAUGUUCGUCCUCAUUACGGGCAACCUGCCCUUUGGCACGGACCGCGAGACGUUCCGAAGCAUGUGCCCGCUGUCGCGGCCGCCGCUGUGGUACCACCCGUACUUUUGGAGCGUCAUCUCGCACGACGCGCAGCGCUGCCUCGAGCGCAUGCUCGUGGUCGAGCCGGCGUGCCGUGCGACGGCCGACGAGCUCCUCGACGACCCGUGGUUCUUUCCGCUGAUGAAAGCGCCGACCAUCGAGCCGCUGCCACGCUUCCGCCGCAGCUCGACAGCGUUUCAAAAGUACAUCAAGCCGCUCUGGAAGCGCGUCUCGGGGUACCUCCCGCGGCGCCAAGCGCAAGAAUUUACGCUCUAA